AUGGACGAAGAUACUGACCCCAUGGAGCCUGCAUCAGGAACGCCGAACCACCCCAUUGAGAUCUCAGAUGGGUCAUCGUUCCAUGGAUCGCCGUAUCGCGGACCGGACAGUUUUCAGGAGAGGUUUAACCAGUAUGACUGGUACUUCACCCCAUCCGAGCACUCGUCGUCCCACCAGCAGUAUAAGCAACAACAGGAUCCUUCGGAGGGUCAACGAUUUGUGGCAGUCACGCCGCCGCCACCAUCGCCAGUAGAGCAGCAACCGCCUCCUGAGCCACCGAGGCGGAGAAGCCAUUACCCGCCACUACAGGAAGAAGAGGACCCACAGUUGGGAGGUCCAUCGAGCCCUAUUCCAGACAUCAACUCAGUACCUGUGGUACCACCUUUGGGUUUCGAUAACCCAAUUCCUCCAUAUGCUGGAUCAGCGGCAUACAACCCCUUCGAGCAGCCGGCGCAUACCCACUACAACGAUAAUUAUGCUAGUGUGGAUCCGUAUCAAGAGGCAUGGAACUACAAUGACCUUCACCCUGAAGGACCUUAUGGAGGACCUUGGACUACUGGCUACCCGACUUAUGGGUACCAGCAUCCGCCACCUCCUCCACCGGUAUAUCAACCGCCUCAGCCACAGCUUCAGCAGGAGGUUCUUGAAAGGUUGAACCAAGUUGAACAGGAGGUUCGUGAAGACCGCAGAGAGCGGCAAGGCUUCUUCAAGGGUCUGUCAGAUUUGCUAAAGGGAAAGUCCAAGAGGAGGGGUCAUUGA